UUGUAGGGAUAACGAUAACACGCUCGACCAAUGUGGGCAAAAAGACGCCGCUGCUGCUACAGACACACAGCGCUCACUGACUGUCGGGAACCGGAGGGACUGUAAGGCGUAAAUGGCCACAACAUUUCGUAAAAGAAAGACGCUGCCCGUAAAACGACCUGUGUACCAAAUGCAUCCUGGACAUUAGGACGCGUAUUUGCUGUUUAUUAUAGCCCCCUUUUUUGCACAACGGAAGUUUCUGUGACCGAUUUUUGAUUUAAAGACUGCCAACAUGGAAGAGGACAACCAAGUACCUGAGGACUUGUCUUUGGAGGAAAGAGAUGAGCUGUCGAACAUACGACGCAGGAAAAAAGAACUUCUGGAUGAUAUUGAACGGCUGAAGUUUGAGAUCGCAGAAGUAAUGACUGAGAUCGAGCAGCUAACUUGUGUGGGGGAGAGUAAAACCACACAAAGGAAUAAACAGAUCGCCAUGGGCAGGAAGAAGUUCAACAUGGACCCUAAAAAGGGGAUCCAGUUUCUUCUGGAGAACGAUCUUCUCCAGCACACCCCAGAGGACAUCUCACAGUUCCUCUACAAAGGCGAGGGGCUCAACAAAACUGUCAUCGGGGACUACUUAGGGGAACGGGAUGACUUUAACAUCAAGGUCCUCCAGGCGUUUGUGGAGCUUCAUGAGUUUGCAGACCUCAACCUCGUACAAGCCUUAAGGCAGUUUCUGUGGAGCUUCAGACUUCCUGGUGAAGCCCAGAAGAUUGAUCGUAUGAUGGAGGCGUUUGCCUCCAGGUACUGCCAAUGCAAUCCUGGCGUCUUCCAGUCCACAGACACCUGCUAUGUCCUAUCAUUUGCCAUCAUUAUGCUGAACACAAGCCUGCACAAUCCCAACGUCAGAGACAAGCCCCCCGUGGAGCGCUUCAUCUCCAUGAACAGAGGGAUCAAUGAGGGGGGAGACCUCCCAGAGGAGCUACUCAGGAAUCUAUACGACAGCAUCAAGAGCGAACCCUUUAAGAUCCCAGAGGAUGAUGGGAAUGACCUGACGCACACGUUCUUCAACCCAGACAGAGAGGGCUGGCUGCUUAAAUUAGGGGGCCGAGUCAAAACCUGGAAGCGAAGGUGGUUCAUCCUGACUGACAACUGCCUCUACUACUUUGAAUACACAACAGACAAGGAGCCACGUGGGAUCAUCCCGCUGGAGAAUCUCAGCAUCAGGGAGGUGGAGGAGCCCAGGAAACCUAACUGUUUCGAGCUCUAUAAGCCCAAUCACAAGGGCCAGGUGAUCAAAGCCUGCAAGACGGAGGCAGAUGGGCGUGUUGUUGAGGGCAACCAUGUGGUGUACAGGAUAUCAGCACCCACGCCGGAAGAGAAAGAGGAGUGGAUAAAAUCCAUCAAGGCCAGCAUCAGCAGAGACCCCUUCUACGACAUGCUGGCCACCAGGAAGAGACGCAUCGCCAAUAAGAAGUGAAGAGGGACAAUCUUCUCAACCUCCGGAUCCUCCAUCUUUCUCUCCUUCGGUUCAUGAACACAUAAACUACACAGACGCUGGUUCACCACAGAAAAGACUUCGACCCCGAAUACAAACCUCAGUCUCUCCCUGGAUAAGUCAUGUGCACUUGUUGGGGAGACUUCGCAUUACUGAGGUUACAGCAGAGCUCCAGGAGACCUCAGAUAUGUGGACUCUUCCACGGAGCAGCACGUGAACAACCAGCCAGCCAGUUUGUUUCUCCUCCAUCACAUACACACCCCCUACCUCCCCCUCUCAUGGCCAUAACAUGUUUCAAGGUCUCCCUAAAGCACAACUGCCAUGUUUCAGGUGCACAUGCAUGUGGGUUAUUAUAGACAAGAGUGUGUGUGUGUGUGUGUGUGUGUGUGUGUGUGUGUGUGUGUGUGUGUGUGUGUGUGUGUGUGUGUGUGUGUGUGUGUGUGUGUGUGCGUGCGUGUGCGUGCUAUCAAUGCAUCUACAUUAUGAGCAAGUGAUGCAAGCGUUCCCUCCACUGCGCUUUACGAGAAAGUCGUUCAAUUCAAAAGCAGAGUUCAGAUGUAUGGCCUGCUACACGGGGACCUAAUGUGAGGAUGAAUACAGAUGCUUGGAGGAUGAAGGAUGGGAAGAGGAGACAGAUGCACAGGUUUGGGAGGUAGUGGGUGGAUCAAUGCAGCAUAACUUCACCUGGACCAUGUUGUCAUCUCACUCUGGUGCUGAAUUCUUCUCUCCCGGUGCCAUGGCUGAAGCCCCACUUGGAGUGACCUCAGAAAACAGCGCUGGCUUUACAUUUCGGUUCCUAACAACGCAUUACAGUGUUGAGUCAGCUGGGCUGAUUUCAUUUAUUUGUGUGGAGCAGAGAAUUUUGAAAAGUGCAUACUUUUUUAUUUUAGUUGAGUAUAAAAGGAGCUUUUGCCAAGGCUUAAGAUGAAACUUGAUUUUUGGACUUAAAGUUGUAAUCCUUAAGAUUUCAGUCGUGGUCGAUUUGGGAACACAACCAUGAUUAAUGGUGGUAAUACCAAGCGUGGUUUAAUACGGCAGGAAACACAUCUUUAGCCGCCACUUUGUCAGAAAUGCAACAGAGGAGCAAGUAAUGUUUCUGUUUACAGUGCAGCCAAACAAACUCACAUUGUUAUAAGGCAGAAGUCAGUCAAAAAUAAUUUGAACUGUUAUCUGAUUGCUCGCCGCCUGCAGCUAACUGUUCACUGUGGCUAAAAGUCUGAUAUCCAUGAGAUAAAAUAAAAAACAGUAAUGCUGGAUUACAUGCAUGCACCGUUUUCCUCGCGCAUGUGAAGGCUGAAUGGCAGACAGCAAUGAAAACUAACAUUUUUAGAGCUAUUUCCACAAGGUAAAUACAUAAAUUGGCUAUUGCAGAUUAAAUGCUGACCAGAAAUGGUGUCAAAAACGAUUUUAAGGAUUUCAACUUUAAUAAGUCUACUGGGUAGGUUUUAUUUUUGGCUGUGCAAAGGCCCAAUAGGGUACCAGUCCGAUUAAGCUUUUUUUUCCCCCCUCUUGUCUAUGGCCUGUCAGUGAAGGUCGAUGUGUUCACGUUGUGAUCCUGUUUGGUUUGUAAUCCUAUAGACUCCUUGCUUGCUUUUGUGUUCAUCUUUAAAAGUAUAUAAAUAAUAAGUUAUGUAUGUGUAUAUAUAAUGUAUAGUUUUCUGGUCUCUUUGUUGUAGUAUGCACACUCUGUGUAACAUAUUUGAGCCUACAGGCAGAAGUUUGCAUCAGCUGAAGUUUAGGGGUCUUCUUUUCAAAAGCCUUAAACCGAAUCAUAAGAAACAUAUGAUGGUAGGGAUGAGGAUGAUAAAAAAAAAAAGACGAUAUUGGUCAAUAACUGUGACGAUGCUCUUUAAAAAGCCAUGACUGAUGAGUGAGAAAGAUGGUUGUAUUUAUGAUGAUACAGAUUAUAGUGAAAAUGAUGUUUGAUGUUAAUGAUGAUGAUUCUAGUGAAGUAAUAUCAGUGAUGAUGAUGAUGAUGAUGAUGGUGAUGGUUAUGAUGUCAAAAACUAUAAACACCAAUAGUUUUCUAUGUGAUUGUAAAAUAAAAAUGAAAGCCUUGUGGUCAGGGAAAAAUAUUAUCUUUUACCGCCCUGUGUGGGCUUAUAAUUAACUUAUAUUCAUUUUUUUAUAUUCUCUGUAAAAGCUAUCGGUCACGUUGUACAUUACGUGUAUCUAUAUAAAGUAUACAUAAAGCUUACAGCA